AUGGCUACAAUCAUUGCUGCUGCACUACUCCAAGUUGUUUUUCAAAAACUGGCUGAUGAAGGCUUGAAACGUUUUGCUGGAUUGUGGGGAAUUCAAUCCGAGAUCAAUAAUUUGGGCAAUACAUUGUCCAAGAUUCAAGAUCUCCUUAAUGAUGCUUCUGACAAAGAAAUUGCUGAUAAAAAUGUUAAACAAUGGCUCAACAGUCUCCAGCAUUUGGCUUAUGAUAUCGAUGACUUACUUGAUGACUUGGCUACAGAUGGUAUUCAUCGUGAGUUCAACAGCAAGGUUAGAAACCUCAUCCCAAAUUUUAAACUAAAACUGCGUCGCAAGUUAGAUAGCAUUGCCACUAAGUUACAAGAACUAGAGAAGGAAAAGGUUAAUCUAGGUUUGAUUAAGAAAGAUAAAAAGCCGAGUAGUAGAAGAAACGAAACCUCUUUUCCGGAUUCAUGUAAGAUUUUAGGACGAGAAGGAGAAAAAAUGGAAUUGCUUCAUAAGUUGUUGGGAGAUGAAAAGUUUAGUGCUGUAAGAAAGUUGUAUCACAAGUUUUUUAAAGAUGAGAAGCCUUGCAAGGAAAAGUUUGGUGUUGUACCUAUAGUUGGUAUGGGUGGGGUUGGUAAGACCACUUUAGCUAGAAGUUUGUACAAUGAAACAAAGGUGAAGAACCACUUUAAGCUUCGUGCAUGGGUUUGUGUUUCUGAUGAUUUUGAUGUUUUCAAGAUAAGUGAAACCAUCUAUAAAGAAAUAGCCAGUGAAACUAAAAAGUUUGACAAUUUAAAUCAGCUUCAAGUAGCUCUUUCAGAGCAACUUAAGGAGAAACGAUUUCUACUAGUACUAGAUGAUAUUUGGAGUGAGAAAUAUGUUGAUUGGGAGAACCUAGUAAAGCCCUUUCAUGUUGUGGCUCAUGGAAGCAAAAUUAUCAUGACAACCCGAAAAGAGGGAUUGCUCAAACAGAUCGGUUUUAGUCAUCUAGACAAGUUGGAUACUUUGUCACAUGAUGCUGCAAUGUCUUUACUUGCUCGAAAUGCGUUAAAUAUUGAUAACUUUGAUUCACAUAUGGAUUUGAAACUUCAUGGUGAAGGUAUCGUGAAAAUUUGUGGUUGUUUGCCUCUAGCGAUAAAAAUAAUUGGAAGGCUAUUGAGGACAACAACAAAUGAACAAGAUUGGGAAAAUGUGUUGAAUAGCAAGAUAUGGCAAACUGAUGAUAAUAUUGUCCCAGCCCUUCGGCUAAGCUACCAAGAGCUUUCAGCAUCAUUGAAACAAUUGUUUGCAUAUUGCUCCUUUUUCCCUAAGGGCUUUGUGUUUGACAAGGAUGAGUUGGUUAUGUUGUGGAUGGCGGAAGGUUUUUUACACGAAUCAAUUGGAAGCAAGUUAACAUAUGAAUGUUUAGGACAUAAACAUUUUGAUGAGUUGUUAUCAAGGUCAUUUUUUCAGAUUGCUCCUAAUGAGAAGUCAGGGUAUGUGAUGCAUGAUCUCAUAAUUGACUUAGCCACGUUUGUUGCUGAAGAUUUUUUCUUGAAGUUUGAUAAUCAAAUGGAGAUCAAGACAAAAACUUUGGCCAAGUAUCGUCAUAUGUCCUUUAUCCGUGAGAGAUAUGUUGGUUACGAGAUGUUCAAGGAGGUUAAAAGUGCUAAGAGUUUACGAACUUUUAUGGCGGUGUCUGUUGGAGUGAAAAAAAAUUCUGAUUGCUUUUAUUUAUCGAAUAAGAUUUUGGUUGACCUACUUCCAGAGUUACAACUGUUGAGGGUUCUUUGCUUAAAUAACUUUGAGAUAAGUGAGGUACCGGAGUGCAUCGGUCGUUUGAAACACUUAAGGUACCUUAACUUAUCGCAAACCAAGAUCAAAGAUCUACCAGAAAAUGUGGGCAAUCUAUAUAAUUUACAAUCAUUAAUUUGUUUUGGUUGUGAUAAAUUACGUAAUUUGCCCAAAAGCUUUUCAAAGCUUAAAAAUUUGCGACACUUUGACAUUAGAGAUACUCCUCUAGUGAAGCAGAUGCCCUCGGGAAUUGAUGGGUUAGAUAGCCUACGAACUCUCACCAAGGUCAUCAUUGAAGGGGAUGAUGGCUUUACAAUAACCAAGCUCAAACCGUUAAAGAAUCUCAUGGGGAAGAUUUCCAUUGAGGGGUUGGGCAAAGUGCAAAACGCAAUGCAUGCACGGGAAGCAAGUCUGUCAGAAAAAAGGCUUAGUGAGGUAAACCUGAUAUGGGAUGAUGUAUCUAACGAUUUUCAAAAGGAAACUCUUGAAAAUAAGGUCCUUAAUGAACUAAAGCCUUAUAAUGAUACUUUGAAGAAACUCAGAAUUGUGUCAUAUCGGGGAAUAAAGUUUCCGAUUUGGGUCGGCGAUCCCUCAUUCAAUAAGUUGGUUCAUGUGUCGAUAAGUGAUUGUAGAAAGUGUACGUCUUUGCCCCUACUUGGGAUGCUACAAUCUCUAAAGGAGUUACACAUCAAAGGUAUGGAUGCAAUUGAAGUCAUAGGUUCAGAGUUACUUGGGACCGGUGGUGAUGCAUUUCAUUCUCUUGAAAUUCUAAGUUUCCAAUAUAUGUUUGGGUGGUCGACAUGGUCAACUGAUAGUGGGAUUCUUGAUACAGUGUUUCCAUGCCUUCGAGAGAUUUAUAUAAAAGGUUGUCCUAAACUGGUUGACAUCUCACUUAAAGAACUACCUUCACUGAGAACUCUAAGAAUAGAUGACUGUGGUGAUGUCGUCUUGAGAAGUAUGGUUUCCGUAGCUUCAUCAGUCACCAAGUUAGUGAUAAAUAACAUUGCGGGGCUUACUGAUAAGGUAUGGAGAGGUGUUAUAAAGAAUAUAGGGGGAGUUGAAGAAGUAUGGGUCUAUUAUUGUAGUGAAAUAAGAUACAUGUGGAAAUCAGAAAAAGAAGCUAGUAAGGUUCUUGUGAAUUUAAGGAGGUUGGAAGUAAACGGUUGUUUAAAUUUGGUGAGUUUAGGAGAGAAAGAGCAUUUGAGUAGCAAUGUGUUAACAUCUCUUAUCAAGUUGGUACUAGAGGAUUGCGAUAAUUUAAAGGAUUGCAAUUGUCCAGCUAAUGUUGAGAGGUUAAAUAUUAGAAAUUGUAGAUCAAUUGCAUGUGUCUCCUUCCCAACAAGGGAACAAGGAGAAGGGAUGCACAAGCUCAAGUCACUUACAAUCAGAGAUUGUGAACAACUAGUGGUGGGAAAGGAGUUUAUGAAUUGGGAAGAAAUUACCAACAAUGCGUUACUUGAACGUCUGGAUAUAAGAGGUUGGCCAAAUCUCAAAUCAAUGAGUGGAUUAUUGAGUUGUUACACCAUUCACCUCACGAAUUUGAUAAUAUCUGAUUGUAAAAAUUUGGAGUCUCUUGAGCUGCCAAAUCUCCCCUCGUUAACACACCUGACAAUCUUGAACUGUCCAAGUACGGAAGGCUGUUUUCAGCGUGGACAUUGGCCUUCUAAAUUGACUUCUCUUGCAAUAGGGGGGUUAAAGAAGUCUAUAUCCGAGUGGGGGCCUGGGAUAUUUCCAUCCUCCCUUGUUAACUUAACGUUACUUGGCACGAGAGAUGAAGUGAGUGAAUUGUCUCCUCAUCUUUUUCCUUCAAAUCUUGCUACUCUGAAAAUAUGGGAUUUUGAGAAAUUAAAAACAGUUUCAGUGGGACUUCAAGACCUCACCUCCCUCCAACAUCUCCAAAUUAGGUUUUGCCCAAAUUUAAGAGAUCUACCAGAGAAGCUGUUGCCUUUGCUCUUAAGUUUAGAAAUUGAUGAAUGCCGAAAACUGAAAGAAAAGACUAGUAAAGGAGGAAGAGGCUGGCACAAAAUCUCACAUAUCCCCUGCAUCAAGAUAGAUAAGGAAUUACAGAAUUAAUGCAUGUAGAUCAAGAAUGCAAGGAUAUGCUUUGCAGACGAAGUGAAUGAAGGGGAUAUGGUAUCUUAGCAACCAGAGUGCGC